CCUCCCCCAUAUCGGCAUUUCCCGCUAAAAGGUCGUCGGCCGGACGACGAUUUUAUUGAAAUCACUCCUGGACUUGAGAGAAAGAGAGUCUCAGCCAAGUUGAACUCAGUUCUCAAGGGCCCUUGGGAGGUCAAAUCCUCAUCGAAAUGGCGGACGAACUCAAACACACCGAAACCGACAUAAAAGUGGCUGAAAACAAGGAUACCAGCCAGCUCGACAGAAGUGAUUCCGAUCGUGAUCUCGACGAUGCUGGGUUAGAAGGAGAUGAAAAGAUCGACUUGAACAGCAACGUUUCGGGAAGAAUCAAAAACCCUCUUGCGCAUAUCCCAAAACACCGAUUACUUCGAGAUGUCGAGGAAUUUGCCAAUAAGAACGGACUUGAUGACAUCCUGCCUAACUUACAGAAAGGUGCAUUAAUAGCCAAGGACCCAGCAAAUUUUGAGACUGUCGAAGGUAUUACGGAGGAAGAAAUCGAGGUCAUCCGAGAUGAAGUCGUUCACAAGUGGCGCCAGCCCCGACCGCUGUACUACACGAUUAUUCUUUGCUCAAUUGGCGCUGCCGUGCAGGGAUGGGAUCAAACCGGAUCAAACGGAGCAAAUUUAUCGUUCCCAGACGCUUUUAAUAUUAGCGAUAGGGAGGGAACUCCCAACGCGCACAUACAUCAAUGGCUCGUCGGACUGGUUAACGCUGGCCCCUAUAUCGGUUCUGCAUUUCUAGGCUGCUGGCUUUCAGACCCUUUCAAUGACUUUUUCGGGAGACGUGGAGCAAUCUUCAUUUCGGCCGUAUUUUGCGUGCUUCCACCCAUUGGAUCUGCCGUCUCUCAGAACUGGGAGCAGCUCCUGAUCACCCGUUUACUGCUGGGCAUUGGUAUGGGAGCGAAGGCUUCGACUGUCCCGAUUUUUUGUGCAGAAAACACACCAGCGAGUGUUCGGGGAGGCUUAGUGAUGAGUUGGCAGCUCUGGACCGCUUUUGGCAUUUUCCUCGGGUUUUCCGCGAACCUCGCCGUAAAAGAUACCGGAGAUAUCUCGUGGAGGUUGCAGCUUGGUUCAGCUUUUAUUCCCGCAGUGCCACUUCUACUGGGUGUGUACUUCUGUCCGGAAUCGCCGCGCUGGUACAUCAAGAAGGGCAAAAUGGCGCAGGCAUACCGAUCUCUAACCCGACUUCGGAACCAUCCGAUUCAGGCAGCUCGCGACCUGUAUUAUAUCUACUGCCAGAUUAAACUCGAGGAGGAAAUGGCGGGAGAGAGCAACUACGUCACCCGUUUCAUCCAGCUGUUCACAAUCCCUCGGGUUCGCCGCGCCACUCUCGCCUCAUUCACUGUUAUGAUCGCCCAACAAAUGUGUGGUAUCAAUAUCAUAGCAUUCUACUCAUCCACAGUGUUUAGGGAAGCAGGAGCGGACGCAACAGGUGCUCUUUUAGCGUCUUGGGGUUUUGGCCUUGUAAAUUUCCUUUUUGCAUUUCCCGCAAUCUGGACAAUUGACACAUAUGGGCGACGUACAUUGCUGCUAUUCACAUUCCCCCAAAUGGCAUGGACAUUGCUUGCUGCAGGGUUCUCUUUCUGGAUCCCAGAAGAAAACAGAGCUCACCUUGGUGUUAUAGCCUUCUUUGUGUUCCUGUUUGCUGCCUUUUAUUCGCCGGGAGAAGGACCAGUCCCAUUUACCUACUCUGCCGAAGUGUUCCCGCUUACGCAUCGUGAGGUUGGAAUGGCCUGGGCUGUUGCAACAUGCUUAUUCUGGGCGGCUGUACUCUCAAUGACGUUCCCACGUAUGCUGAGGGCAAUGACCCCGACUGGUGCAUUCGGGUUCUAUGCUGGUCUGAAUGUUACUGCCCUGAUCAUGAUUUACAUGUGGGUGCCCGAGACCAAGCAGCGUACUUUGGAGGAGUUGGAUUACAUUUUUGCCGUUCCAACCUGGAGACACGUUCGUUAUCAGGUCACCGAGGUCCUUCCAUGGUGGUUCAAACGCUACAUCUUCCGUAAGGAGACCCAUCUCGAGCCCUUGUACAAGCUAGAACAUGUCGCGAGGAAAGAAGAAGCGUAGGGCGCGAAGGGCUCUAGCUCCUGAAAUAACUCGUGAACUUGAUAGGAAUUAAUAACCAUUGGACGACCGACACAGUGGCCGUGCAUAGAGACAUACCUACUUGCCCCUCUUUAUCUCCCCUUCUGGGUGCCCGUUGUAUCGACGAUAAUAGGACCCAGUGUGCACCUGGCUUAUGUGCGGCAGUCAUUCUUUCUGCUUGUUUACAAUGUUUCUGAUUUCAGUACUUCUCAAGUUGACUGAGUAGAGUUUCGCUGCAUAUAUUGAAAUGAUCAUCUCUCUCGAA